AUGCCGAUGGAUAAACUAGGUGAUUUGAAUAGUGAUCUUGUUGUAAAAUCAGUCAUGGGCAAGCCCUUUGAUUACUUUAGGAAGAUACUUCAAGAUAAGGACUUGGAGGAUAUCUUCAAAGCCAAAUGUUUUGGAUAUAGUGAAUAUGUUGCAACAACUCCUAAGAUGUUAGAACAACUGACUCAAUUGUUGCAACAGGUUGUGCACCCACGACUUAUCCCGACGAAACGAGAGUUGCACAUGCCAUGUCUUGUUAGUUUAGGACUUGGGGAAUCUGUGCCUGAUGAAUUGAUUGAUCAGAUAAGAGAAGAAUUGACUGGAGCCACAACCAUCAUAAAGGCUGGUGUUGUUGAUGGUGGUGAUGGUGAUGUUAAUGUUGAUGUUGGUGCUAGUGUUAGUGAUGUUGUUGGUGAUGGUGUUGAUAUUGAUACUGUUGUUGAUGUUGCAAGACAAGCUGUGGAAGAUAACUCUGUUGCAAGUAAUCCAGUAGCUGCAGAAAAUGUUGCAACAAGUAAAGAAUCGGUUGGAACAUAUGAAUUUGUUGUAAAUAAUCCAACAGCUGCUGAAAAUGUUGCAACAAGUAAGGAAUCUGUUAGAACAUAUGGAUCUUCUGUUGCAACAAUGUACUUAGUUGUUGCAACAAUGUACUUGCAUUUAUCUGUUGCACCAUGUGCGAUAUCUGUUGCAACAACUGUAGUAUCUGUUGCGGCAAGUAUAGUAUCUGUUGCAAUAACUGUAAUAUAUGUUGUAGCAAGGGUAGUAUCUAUUGCAGCAAAAGGGGAUCCUGACUGUGUGGAUUCUUCAGACACUAAUAGUUUGCAUAGUGAUUCUGAAAGUGAAAGUUUCAACUUUCCUCAAUUCAAUCCAAAGACCGACGGAGAUAAUCCAGUAUUAGCUCUAGAAUAUACCUUUGGGACAAAGCAUGAGUUUAAGAAUGCUGUAGCAACUCAUGAAAUUAAGAAUGGAAAGUACAUCCGGUGGACAAGGAAUGAUCGUCUACGAAUGAAGGCAGUUUGUAUACAUCAUCCAGAGUGCAAAUGGGAAAUCAUAGCUUCUAAAAUGCAAAGAGACAAGGCUUUCCAGAUUAGAACUUAUGAUCCUACACAUACUUGUAAGGAGUGGCAUCACGAAAAUGGAACGAUCACUUCAACUUUCAUUGCAAGAAAGUACCUCAAAGAAAUUGGAUCAAAUAGGGAUUGGAAAGUUUCUGAGUUCAGGGAUAGGGUAAGCGUUGAACUAAGAGCUCAUGUGACAUUAUCUCAGGCUAAAAGAGCUAAGAUGAAGGCCAUUGAUUUAAUUGAUGGAGACAUUAAAGAUCAAUAUAAGAUGAUGUGGAAUUAUUGCAAUGAAAUUGACAGGUCAAAUCCAGGCAGCAGUAUUUACAUGAAGUUCACUGAUAACGAAAUUCCUAAUGAGCCACAAAGAUUUCAGAGAAUAUAUACAUGUUUUGCUGCUUGCAAGCUUGGCUUUGUUGUAGGUUGUAGAAAAAUACUAGGCGUGGAUGGUUGUUGGUUGAAGGGUCUGAUGUACGGCACUCAAUUGUUAACUGCAGUUAGUAUGGAUGGUAAUAACAAUAUUUUUCCUGUUGCCUACGCAAUUGUUGAAAAGGAAAGCAAGGAGACAUGGGUCUGGUUUUUGAAUCAUUUGGCUACUGAUUUAAAUAUACGUGGGAAUGGUUGGACCUUUAUGUCAGACAAACAAAAAGGUCUUAUUGAAGCUUUUAAUGAAGUUUUGCCUCAUGUUAGUCAUAGGUUUUGUGUGAGACACCUUCAUAAUAAUUUUAAAAAGGCCGGCUUUGGCGGUUCCACAUUAAAAAAUGCACUUUGGGCUGCUGCAAAGGCUACUACUGUGAGAAAAUUUGAUGAUUGCAUGCGAGACAUUUUAAAGUUAGAUCCUGAUGCUGCUACUUGGUUAAAUGACAAAGAACCUAGCGAGUGGUCUAGGUCGCAUUUCUCUUCAUAUGCUAAGUGCGACGUCUUACUAAAUAAUUUGUGUGAAGUGUUUAAUAGCAUGAUACUUGAUGCUAGAGACAAGCCAAUUGUCACACUUUUGGAGAAAUUGAGGUAUCUACUCAUGGCUAGAAUGUAA